CGUAAAAUUAUUUAUCAUUAGUACAAUUCAACAGGUGCAGUGUCUGUGUACAUGUACAUAGGUGUAUGCAUUCACAUCAGGUACCAUGUUGUUGUAUAUUGUUUACUUUGGUGUAUUUGUUGUUUGUGUAGGUUCCACGCGUCCAUACUUCAAAGUAAAACAACUGUCUGUAGUGACUGAUCCUUUAAUCACGGAAGUAUCAGGUAUUGCAGCAAGCCGAGUUCAUACAGACAUUUUGUAUGUUCACAAUGAUAGUGGAGAUGGACCAUUUAUUUAUGCUAUCAACGCUAUAACUGGUGAAGUUCAGUCUAAAAUUUCAAUAAACAAGGCCAUUAACAAUGACUGGGAAGAUAUUGCAUAUGGUGUUUGUCAUGGUCAGGAAUACUGUCUGUUUAUUGGUGACUUUGGAGGAAAUAGCUGGAAUGGUUCUAGAGACGUUAUCUACAGAGUAAGGGAGCCAGCUGUUAUCAAUCAAACAUUAACAGUAGACAUUGAUGCCACUAUACAUUUCUCAUGGACAGAACAAAACUGUGAGAUUAUUAUGGUAGACCCCAAAGGAGACAUUUAUCUUGUGUCUAAAACCACAGGUGUUCCAGCUAAGGCGGUCUAUGUUCCAAGCUCCGCCUGGAACAAUCCAGACAUAACCAACUUAACUGAUCUUGUUAGUAUGUCUUUCCAUACUGAACACCCUGAUCCAACAGGAGGGGAUAUAUCACCGAACGGAACGGAAAUGGUUAUUAUAUCCGUAGACAAUCUUUACUAUUGGAAUGUCACUGAUGGAGACUUUCUUUCUGCACUUGUCUCAGACCCAAUUAACCUGAAAUACAAAGACGAACCCAAGGGUGAGGCAGUUUGUUGGAAACCAGACGGCAGUGGGUUUUACACUUUAAGUGAAGGUCUUAAUCAACCAAUUUACUAUUAUGAACGAUUAACUGGUGAUCCGACUGGUAGUUCCAAUCGAAUUAUAGUUGAUUUUACUUGUGUAAUGACUGUUCUGUUAUCAGUUGCCAUGAUUUGAUGCAAACACACAAUGUUAAACUGAUAUUGCUUAAGUUUUAUAAAUCCAUAAGGUUUAUUUUUCAAAUUGAUAAAUGAAACUAAAGAAGUAAUCGUAUCAAUAAAUGAAUAUAUUUUCUAUACUACUUUUAUGAAAAUGGUCAGUAUAAAAAUGACUUAAACCCUUUUAGUCGAACUUAUUUUUAUUCAUUGUGUACAGGAUCAUUUUACAAUUAUCCAACGUUUUGGAAAGAAUUUAUGUGACUUCUAUCUAGACUUUACAUACAUGGAAUAUAUAAAAUAUAAACACAAACAUCGA